AAAGUACAAAACAAAGUAUUUUUUUCUUCCGUGCCGUUUACAUAAAUUUUUGUAAUUUUAUGAAUUAAAACAUGAUUCAAAUACUAUUGUGCUCAGUUUAUUAAGAAACUAUUUGAAAUAAUGGCCGACACUUCGGAAAAUGAUAGUGAACCUCAUCAAGAAGCCAAUAUUUGCUUGGAUAUUGGUGACAAUUUGACAGCUAACACUGUGUCUAAAACAGAGGAGAAUGGAGUUGCUGAGGUGGCGUCAUCUGCGGAGGGGGAGGGGGAUGUUUGCCCCCCUGUCCCCUCCACCACAGCUAGCUGUAAUGGAGAUACAGGGGCCAAGAAGCAGAAUGGCUCGGCGCUGCGGACCAACAGUCUGGGCUCUGGCACGAGGACGCCGCCACUGGAGAGGAAGAGCAAGUUCUCUGCUUUGGGGCGACUGUUUAAACCUUGGAAGUGGAAGAGAAAAAAGAAAAGUGAGAAGUUCGAGGCCGCUCAAAGAUCCCUGGAACGCAAGAUCUCGGUGCGGGCGCCGAGGGACGAGCUUGUACAGAAGGGUAUAUUGCUGCUAGAGAGCCCCACCACUCCGCUACCUAUCACUGGGGGAGAUCACCCAGGAGGCCCGCCGUUCCCUACAGCAGGCCAGACCACCACCACGCCGACCCAGUACCGCCCUACCUCGCUCACGUCUCCUCUCAACAACAACGCUGGGGGAGAUCACCCAGGAGGCCCGCCGUUCCCUACAGCAGGCCAGACCACCACCACGCCGACCCAGUACCGCCCUACCUCGCUCACGUCUCCUCUCAACAACAACGCUGCGCGCCGCGUGCGGGACAAAACAUCAAAGCUCAACUUGGUCUACUUCCCCAGCGCUUAG